UCAGCGUUAGCUUGACUGCCGAGGAGAAGGUCCGUUUCCAUCGACGGGCUGCUGCUGCAGGUUUACUUCACCUAAUCAGCGUCACCAUGUCCCACACCGUCAUGACGACCACGACCACCACCGUCAGGUCCUCCGGGGACGGCGUGCUCAACCUGGGAUACAGCCGGACCAUCCCGGGACUGCUGAAGAUCGGCCAGCUGCUCUCCCUGAUUAUCGUCUUACUGUGUAUCCGCCUCUCCAACGGCUGGCCCGGGUGGGCGGCCUUCCAGUUCUUCGAAGUGGUGGUGCUGUGGUUCCUGGUGGCCUUUCUCAUCUUCUUCCUCAUGCACCUGUUCAGGCUGCAGACGAAGAUGCCCUGCAUUAACUGGCCGCUGACAGAGUUCUUUCACUACUCUGUGGGGUCCGUCCUGAUCUUCAUCGCCUCCAUCAUUGCUGCUGUGAAUUGUGGAGGAGUUUCUUCUCUGGUGGUGGCGUCGGUAUUUGGGUUCAUAGCGACGUUCUUGAUGGUUGUUAAUCUGUGGACAUCUUACAACGUCACAUGUGGCCCCACAGCUGGUGCAUCUGUGUAAAAAGUGAUGAAGAAGAAAGCAGAUGGCUGUGUCCUGGUCACUUUUCUGCCCGGCAACCACCUGCAUCACAAACCUGAUUGGAUUACAAACUGCAGAGGUAAAAGAAAACGUGGUCCAGGACCAAACUGCCCAAGCGAGACUAUCUCAGACUGAACAAUGCUUUUCUUAUUUCUCACUGAAUUAUGUCAAGCAGUUAAAGGUGCUCUGUGUCACAUUCUUCUGUUCCAGUAACAUGUUAUCAGUGACCAGCACUGCUGUGAAGUCACUGCUGGAUCUUUCUUGGAAAAGAUAGAAACAUUUUUUUUCCAUCAUGUCUUCCCUCCUUUCAUCAUCUGACACCUUAAAUCUGCAGAUCAUCCUGUUUGUGCCAUAAACAGAAAAAC